GAGAGAGAGAGAGAUACAGAGAGAGAGAGAGAGAGAGAGAGAGAUCCGCGGCAGCAUCCCAGUGACAGCUGAGUGGUUGCUGUGUAAUUGCAGAGAAGUGAGGUCAGCAGGAGGCUUUUAUCAGAGAUUCGACAGCGAUCAGAAACAGGAGAAGAGAUGCAGAGCGCAGGCGGGCGGCCCCAGAACUCCCUCUCUGUGCGUCACACUGGAAGCUUCUCUGCACUCGUCAGGACUGAAGAACACAGUCUGGAGGCUCAAGAAUGGACAGCGUGUGAAGCAUCUGCUUGUUGAUUUGUGUCAUCAACAGCAGAAACGAACACACCGCUGCCUCCUCAAGCUCUGAGGAGAUUCUGCUGGAGGUCAGAGGUCACGCCAGGAUUGUACUGGGAAAGGGUCCGAGCGGAUCUCACAGCUUGAGUUCUGCCUUCAGUAUGUGGAUCACGAACUCCUUGAGAAACGCAGUAUAAUGCACAAAUGGACGCUGCGAUGGAAACGGCCUGAGUUUGUGUGUGGACUGUGGCUGGUGCUGCUGGUCAUCCGAGUGUGUGUGUGUGUGUGUGAUGCGGCGUCUGUGACCGACUGCUCCAAACACGAGCGCCACACCAGGAACUACGACUACAUGGAGGGAGGGGACGUCCGGAUCCGACGCCUCUACAGUGGCACGCAGUGGUUUCUGAUGAUCGAUGAGUUCGGGAACAUCAACGGGACGCAGGAUCCCAACAACGGCUACAGUGUUCUGGAGAUCAGGACGGUUUCGGAGGGCGGCGUGUUGGCUAUAAAAGGACUGAAGAGCCAGUAUUAUAUUUCCAUGAACCGCACCGGAAUGUUACAGGGCAAAAAAGACUACAACGACAGCUGCAACUUCAAAGAAGUGUUUUUAGAGAACUACUACACAGCGUACUCGUCUGUCAAAUGGACUAAAAACGGCAAAGAGAUGUUCAUCUCUCUGUCACAGAAGGGCCGACCGCUGAGAGGAAAGAAGACGACGAAAGAGAGCAUCUCUUCUCACUUCAUCCCUAUGAGGUGCAGGCAAGACAAGAAGAAGCCGGCGUGAAGAGCUCCAGAGAUCUGUUACUGCAUCUGUUCUGCUUUACUCGUCUUAUUCAUCAAACUCUGUCAAUAAAACAUUCACUCUGUCCCUCACACACACACACACACACUCUCACACACACACACACACACUCACACACACACACACUCACACACACACAUGCACACACACACUCUCACACACACACACACACACUCACACACACAUACUCAAGAAGCAGUUGGUAAAAGAUGUUCAUAUAUGAAAGUGUUUUGGACUCAGUUAUAUUUUGAGAUGAAGCUAUUUUUAUAUUUCAGAGAGAUGUUUAUGUUCAUGGCACUUUCACCACCGUUAGAGCCCAAAAAACACUGCAAUGUGUUUAUACGGACGACCAUUCUCAUUAAAUACGGCAGCGCUGCUUUGUUCUUUGUAUAUCACAGUUUAUAUCGCUCCAUUUAUACUGCAUAAAUACAUUCACAUCCCAUCAACAUUGAUCCUGAGGAGCUGUGAUUUUAUUUUGAGACAUUCCCUUCUCAUUUCUACAGUUCAGUGAGAAAAUAACAGCAGUUGCCUUACGUUUGCCUCAUUUUGACUUUUUUUUGGAUCUAUGUGACUGAUAUUGACGUCAGUGAGUGAUCCAUCAGUUCUAGGAAAUACUGUUUGUCUUCAUAAUUUCCAUCCCAAUGUCCUAAUGAUUUUCCUUCCCGUCAUCCAUCCGCCCUCGUACUGAGACACUUUCACCGUGCAUCAUUCUGGUAAACACACGAUGAGGCGAUGCUUUAACGUGGGAGUGUGACCGUAUUCCGUUUCUCAGAGUUUCUCUCGAAUGCGAUCGUGUCCAUGUGUUGCUGUGUUAUUUAUGAUAUUUAUGUGUCGCUGGCUCUGAGAUCAUGACCGCAGUGAACCGUCUGUGUUCUGGAUCGCUAUGCUGCAAACAUACAGAGUUUGCAGGAGUUUAUCAUUUGCUGCUAGAAAUCGGAGGUUUUAUAUGAUUAUAGAUUCAUUUCAAUAAACAUGUAUAUUGUUCCUUUCUA